AUGAAACAGCUUCUCGGAGAUGAGACGCCCCCAGAAAAAAUCUUCAAGCAACUUUUUCUCCUCCAGCGUCCUGCCCUCCAAUACCCAGGUUGUUCUCGCGUCCACCAGAGAAAAACAUCCCUUGAAGAACUGGCGGAGCUAGCUGACAAAAUAGCCGAAGUACCGCACAGAUAUCCAAUGGUAUCGACGGUGACGCCAGCCGCUCCCAGUACCAAUCCUUUCCGUGCACAAACCAGUUCUUCAGAGAUUUCGGAUUUGCGUGCAUUAAUGACGCAGCAAGCUGCGCAAAUACAAAUUCUCACAGCCCAAAUACAAGCCCUAAAGUUUAGUCCCCAGCGUCGAAGCACCAGCCGAUCUCGACGAGAUGGCAGACGGUCUCGAAGCCCCAGUGCUACCCGAAACUCACAUGACACGUGUUGGUACCACCGAACAUUCGGAACACGGGCACAAAAAUGUACGGUACCGUGCUCGUUUUCCUCACCCAGUUCGGGAAACGGCACAGCCAGGAAUUGA